CAAAACCGAAACUUAUUUUGUACGCAUGCGCGGUCAGCUGCUACGCACGGCGUACGUUUCAUCACAUGAGGCUCCGCGAUAGUGGACACAACCUGACCGAACGUUCUUCGAGAAGUUAGUGUACCAAACGCUCUGGUGAAACGGUGCAAGCAUGGUUGUCUUCGGUUGUGUGAUGCUGGGCCAGGCAGCCAACGUUUGUUACUCUGCAUCUGAGUGACGUAUUCCCGGAGCUGAUUUUCCCGAUCGGUCGCGCCGGUCCUGUUGGUCCUGAACGGAGUUUCCGCGCCUGAUGACGACUACUGCGAGGCUGUUGUGCCUGGUCUUUGUUGCCGUCCUUCUCGGAAGCAGCGAUGGCCGCUUUCUGCUGUUGCAGAACAACAACAGGACCAGCGGCUGUGUGGACCCCACCGGAGAAAUCGUUAACGAAGGGUUCAGCAUCUCUCGAACACGUCCAUGCCAGCUCGAGACGUGCCGCAAUGGUUCGUGGGAUAUAGCCAGGUGCUUCGAAGACGUGGACCCGAAGUGCAAGGGGCAACUUGGAACCCGAGGACCAGGACCGUACCCGGACUGCUGCGCACUUGCUGUGUACUGCGCCGAACACUGAGUUUCAGCCGAUGAGAGUG